AGUUUCGGCUAAUCCAGAAGGAGAGAGGAUGUAUUUCAAGUCCUUCCUGUGUUGAAAUAAAAGGCUUGCCGCAGAAUCUAGAAGAAAGCCCAGCAAAAGCGCAGGUCGCAUCUGAAAAGCAAUCAAGCCUCACGAAAGAAGCACCAGGUAUGAAGGCUGAUGGGACUAGGCUGUAUUGUAAAACAGGAGAGCACGGUGCCCGAGCGAGGACAGGUAUUCUGCCUGAGGCCAGUCGGUGCUCAGGUGGAGACACAGUCAUGGCCAGAGUUGCAGUUUCAGGAGCUGACAGCUUAGUCUCUCAAGAGCCUCUAAGUCCUGCCUCCCCUGAAGAAGAAGAAAGUGGAGGAGGAGGAGGACUCUCAGCCCAUGCCAAACAGGCUGGGGAAGAGACAUUUCAGAAUCAAGGCCAAGAAAUUAAUGCCAUUUUUAACAUUCGUCCAUCCGUUCAGCAGGAUACGUUCAGCAUGCAUGGUAAUAGCAGCCUUGCUCUGGCUUUAGAUGCUGGCCCACCAGGCAUGAGCUCUGAAGCCACAGGUCAUACUUUUCAAGGUAGCUCCACAUUUGGAAAUACACCCUGGGGUGAAUGCAUGGAUCUCUCUGAAGUUGCCUGUGACGUGCAAGAGAAAAGCUUCAGGAGCAGCCAGAGCUGUGAAAAGAGAGAGGUCCUGGAAGAAUGGGCCUCUGAGCUGAAUAUGGUUGAGGCUUUGUUGCAGACCAGGAGCCCUGAAGGUGAGCUGUCUAACAGUGAUGAUACAGAGCAGAAAGGGGAUGAUAGUAUGGAUCCUUCUCAUAGCUGUGCACACAAAGGAACAGUUGAAAUCCAGAAGGGAUCUGCUGUACGCCACUGCUGGAAAGAAGAUGGACGUUUUCAUUCAGAACAUGGCAGAUUUCCCAUUCCAGCUGAACAGCUAGCAAUGCCAAAAGACGUGCAUUCAGAAAUUGGCACUUCCUCCCUUUGUGAUGUUGUCCCGGCAUCAUUUGAAGAUGACCUAAGAAUAGGCUCUUCAGAGGCUGGCAUUAUCCAAGAGGAUAACGCUGCUUUUCUUCAUCAUGAAAGACUGAUCCCUAUAGCAAAAGAAAAUCAGACUCUUUUGUUGAAAGAAAGUAACUUUGGGUGCUUUCAGAACAAUUGCCGUAUAAGUAUUCCUUCACUCUGCAGCUAUUUGGAUCAUCACCUUGACUUUCGGGAAAAUGGUUUGCCACGAGUGGAAUCUAAGGACAAUCUAGGCACGGCCACCCUGAUCUGUGAUUUAACUCUGCCUCUGUGUGCCACCAAUUCUUCCAGUGUAAUAGAUGUCAAUUUAUUUACUAAUAACAAAAGCCUUAAAAUCCCUUCACUCUGUGACAGACUUCCAUUUACCACGAAAGCUAAUUCAAGGUUAGGUCAUGGAGGGCCCUUGGACAGCCGGUCCCCAAGGGAAGUCCUUGUGAUGCGGAGCAUUAGUCCCUUGCUUCAUCACAAGAAAGGAUUUGCUUCAAGUCAGAAUAGUGGCGGUUGUGCUGAAAUGAACGAAGGGGCCUGGGAAAUGGUCAGACACAUGCUGAGGGGGGCAGAAAAGGGGAACCCUGGUAUGGGAAACCUCUGGAGAAAAGCAUCCUGUUCUAGUGACCAGGGCACGAAUGAUCUUUGUUCUGCUACAGAGGAGUUCUGUACUCUGUCAAGAAAUCUUUUUUCAGAUUAUAACCAUCUACAAGAAGGGAGAAGAGGGACCGCCACCAAAAUAUCUUAUGGGUCGGGAACAAGCCCAUCCUCUUUUGUGUCCAAUGGGAAAUUCACCUCUCUACAGAAAUUUUGUAAUACAGCGUGCAGCUGCUCUCUCUACGGAGAUAACUGUGUGGACCCAGACGGAGCAGGAAGCACCUUGGGCUCGGUUUAUUCUCUGGAUGCUCCCUGCUCAAAUCUGUCAAAGGCAGGAACUUCCAGGGCAGAAGCUGAAAACAGGAGGGUUGAUGGUGAUGAUACAUUUGACAAUUCAGAAGGUAUUCUGGGUGUUAACAGUAAUAUUUUUCCUCCCUACGAAAGAGUAGAAGUCAACAGAGCUUCAUUUGGAGCCGAUGCUGGUGGAAUGAAAACAAUGGAAAGCAUAAUAGUACGUAACAAUACUUCAACAGCCAGCCCAUAUCUCCCACUGGCACUUGAUGGAGACUUGAGCAAAACUCUCCAUCUCUGUGAAGCCAGAGUUAGAAAAGAUCAAAACCUAGAAGAACAAGAAAAAUACCAGAUUCAUCCCUCUUCCUCAGCACCUAAUCUCUCUGUUUUAAAGCAGGGCUCUUCUUUAUGUACUAAAGUAUCAGCUCAACAAAGGGAAUCCAUUUAUCGGAUGAAAAUACUUCUUUGUUCACGUUAUGUUCUUGAUAGUUAUAGCUUGUUUGAACAGAAGAAUGAUUCACCAGAGAGAGAAUUUCUAGAAUGCCAGCAGCCUUCCUUAAUUUUCUGUAAAAAAGUAGAUUAUCAUGAUUUACAAACUCUGAUCAGUUCAGCUGUAAAAUAUAUUAGAUGUAAAGAAAACAAAUCAGUGCAUUCAAAGAUUGACCCACCAGUUACUGCACUUUUAACAGAAUAUGAUCAAAAUGCAUUUCGGCAAAAUAUGCUUGGUGAAGAGUCAUCCAGUGACUUGGGGUCAGAAUUAACUGGUGAUCUUCUGAAAGAAGACUCCGCAGAAUCACAAAGUGCCAGGAUACCGUUAGGAUGCUUAGAACGCACUUUUGAAUUACUGAACCAGAAUGAUUUUGGUAAGAAUCAGGCUCCUCAGUCAAAAGCUGAUGAACGCAAUUCUGCCUCUGAAUCAGUCAGUAAAAGUCCUUCAGAGAAGUUAAACUUUAAAAAUGGAUUAUUAUCUGACAGUAAAUUGGCUUCAUCUCCUAAUCAGACAUCUUUUCAAACAGGCCCUACAAUUUCUGCCAAGAUUAAGGGUCAGAAAAGUAAGAAAGGACUACAUUUUAGGUCAUAUGGAAAAAGAGAACUAUCUACUUUGAUAUGUACAGGCCUAGGCUUUCAGUCUCCUCAGAAUAAAAAAAAUUGCUUAUCUCAAAAAGAUGAAGCGUUAGCUUUGCCUUUGGAAGCUCACAGCUCUCCUCUUGCCAAAGAGCAUAUUCUAGUAACUGUGGUGCUUGAAAGAGAAGCUGAUUGCCAUGUCAAGCCGUUAGGUUUGGAAACUGAAAGGGCAAGCAGUUCUGUCAGACGAGGUUCGCUUGUAGAUUGCCUUCCAGCCAUAGAAGGUGCCAAACAAGAGUCAGGAGGAGUCGAAGAGAUUGGAUCCAUAUCAUCCAAUACUUUAGAACAGUCCUUGGAGGCAAAACAGAAUUUGGAAGCUGCCCAGAGAGAGGCUGGCCAAACAGCUGGGAUGACAGAAUUUCCAAUUCUUGUUCUUUCUGACACUGAGGGGUCUCCAGAAGCCCUCUUAGAAGACUUAAUGUUUCCUUUCAGGGGUGAGAAGGUCACAUUUUCAUUCAAGGAUGCAGUACACACAAGACUUCCUCUCUGCUUGCCCGAAGAUAUUUCAGAAUUUGAUUCCAGAAAAGCCAAAGAUUCCUCAGAACCCACAAUUACUCAGUGGCAUGCAGAGAACCUGAGUUAUGCGCUGCAAAUGAAACCUUUAUUUUCCUCAAGAAAACCAGCAGAACGCCUUGGCAGCUCAAUGCCAUCUUCCUUCCUAGAGGAUGGGAUAUUAGAAAGUUCCUCCAGGCGGCUCAGUAGUAAAGAAGGACAUUUUCUGAGGGUAGAGAGCACCCAGGAACUGGCAGCAGGGCCAGAGGAAGUAUGGGAAAGUCACUUGGUUGGUGAGAGCGUAAGGAGGAGGGAUUCUGAAGCAGGGGCUCAGCUGCCCCCACAAAAAGAGAAGCCCAAAGUGAAAAGAAGGCUCGCUGCCAGACAGCCUUUAGCCAGCUUUUCUGAUGAGAAUGCUGGGAGACCAGAAGACCCUGGACAACAGGCUUUGGCUCCUGGAGGAGGUGUUGGGCAGAAGAGGAAGCAGGAAUCCCCUUUCCACGCUGGAAGCAAAUCAAAAAGGCAAAAGAGAGGCCAGGGUUGUAGGGAGACCACAAGCCUGAAUCUCUGCCUCAGGGGCCGUAGCCAGUGGGCAAAAGGUUGGCCUAACUCGGUUCCAGCUUUCAGCACAUUGCCUCAAGCUGUCGGCUGUCUUCAGAGCAGAAGCCAAGAUGCCUUUGGACAUUCGCGCCCAGUAAGGCCUUUUCCACCAUUCAGGAAACUGUCAGGAACAGCUUGCACAAAAGUUGGUGUGCCGAGCCAGCUCAGGGCCCCAAAAAACUUGCCUCUGACAUCAAGUUCUUCUGUCCUAAAGGGUCCCCCUGAAAUUGUCCCUGAGGAAAAUGGCGAGCUCAUUUAUUCUGCACAAUUAGCCACAAAGCCAGCAGCACCCCCCACCCCAAAGGCUGUCCUUUGGGACCAACUAGCAAAGCAACAAGGCAACCAGAGCAGCUUGCUGGCUUCCCUCUGGCUCAGCGGGCGCCCCAAAGAUGCCGCCUUGUUGAUGAGGCUCUCUGUGUUAGCUGAGACAUUGCUGGCCCCGAAAGGCAAGCCGUUCCUGCACUGUGGUGCGCUGCUUCCCUCAGCUGAAAAGCGGAGCCAGCUGAGAAGGAGGAAGCUCCUGGAAAUCUUUUCCUUUGUCAGUUUCAAGUUAAACUCUCAUCACUGGCUCAACAGUGGCAGUUGCUGCUUCAAGAUGGCGAGCUCUCGGGCCCUGUCAGUUUAUUCCGUUGAAUCAACAAUCCUAUGUUUCUUUGAGCUGAGUAACGAAAGUCCCUGUGUGUGCAGCACUCCAGUUUUCCCAGUGUCUUUCCAUCACCCAAUGGACACCAGCCCGACCAGGAAGGCCCCUGAGACUGGGCCCCCAGGCCCUGUCUCCAGAUUAGCUUUGGGAGGCCCACUGCCUCAGCAGCCCUGGAGACGGAGCCUCCCUUUCCUUCUGCCUUGGAGCUGCCCGGGUCCCACGCCGAUCCCAAAAGAUGCUGAGCCGAGCUCCAUGUCAGCCCCCAGGGGGAGAGAGGCAGUCGCUCAGAGCACAGGCUCCCCCACCCGCGGCCUCCCGACAGCCUUAGCCUUGUUUUCCCCCGGCUGCUAUCGCGUCUGGACGAGAAAAAGACAUCUAAGCAGCCAGACCCCGACUGUCCGAAGGCUGACCCUGCUGCAGUUUGCCCAGGGCCUGAAGGGGCUCAGACGUGGCACUUCUGUGUCAGCUGACCUCUUCUCCUCCGUGCCCCAUUUGCUGGGUAGGGUUCUGCCCAUAUGGAGCCAGCAUGGUCCUUCCGCCCGUCUCUCCGAAUUUACUCCUCUCCAUUCCACUCCCUGCAAGGGACAGCCAGCCAGCCCUGCAGCCACAGGCCUGGGCCACAGGAACAGCUUAAGCAUGCCACCUCUGGUGCCCAGCCCACUGAGUGACACUUCCAGGGCUAUAAAUAAUGACAUGAGGUUGGAACCAUUCUUGUCUGUGUUGUUGCCAACGUCUUGCUCAGCGCCAGAACCGGCUCACUCUCCUCUAGGAUUUCCAGCUCUUGGAUCUGGAGAUAAACAUGAUGCUUCUGUCCCAGCAUUGCCUAAGGCUGGAACUCAGCUUGAAAAGGAUGAGUCAGAGAACAGGCCAAAGAAGGUGUCUCAGAUCCGGAUUCGGAAGACGAUUCCUAAGCCAGAUCCCAACCUCACCCCCAUGGGGCUUCCUAGGCCAAAGAGGUUAAAGAAGACUGAAUUCAGCUUGGAGGAAAUAUAUACCAAUAAGAAUUACAAAUCUCCCCCUACAACCAGGUGUCUGGAAACCAUUUUUGAAGAGCCAAAAGAGAAAAAUGGGUCUUUAAUCUCAAUCAGCCAGCAGAAAAGAAAACGAAUUUUGGAGUUCCAGGACUUCACCAUUCCCCGGAAGAGGAAAGCUCGCAGCAGAGUCAGAGCGAUGGGUGGCUACACUCGGGCACAGAAGGCAGCCAUAGAAGGAAGAGAACUUGACAUCCUGCUGAUUCAGAAACUGACAGACCUCGAAAUGUUCUUUGCCAAGGAGGAGAAGCAGGAACAAGCGUCGGGCAGCUGAGUUCGGGUCGAUCCGCCGGAAGAGGCCAAGGUUUUUAGUGGUCUGAUGUGCCUGGAAAGAGUUUCGUUUUCCCAAACCAGCCACUCAGCUUGGACCAACCUAUCGGACUGAGUCAUAUAGAUAUUUUCCUAUGUGUUGGAGGAGAAUAAUUAAUAUCUGUUAACAUUGUCAAACAGCCCUGUCUUUAGCCUCCAUUAUCACUAGGAAUUAACACCUGUGGGGCUUUUUAAAAUCUGGGUAAAAGCAUAGGGCAGAACAAAGGCUAAAGCACCUUCAAAGACAUGAGGAUUGUAAAGACUUCCCGAAGUUAGCCAAGUGUUUGCCUCUGCUGCUCUCCUUGUUCUUGAACCCUGGUAAUGUGGCAGCCAGGACAAGGGAUUUUUUUUAGUUGUUUUAGCAAAUCUCCUUAGUUUGCAUCGUUGGGCAAUAGGACCCAUUGUACCCAUCAGCAACCACGUCUUGCUCAAAGAAGAGGAAGCUGUGUGUGGCACUUCCAUCCUCUGCAGUCCUCUUGUCCCAAAGUGUGUUCUGGGGCAGAAGCCUGCCAGGAGACCAGGACGUGGCUACCUGUGGCACUUCGUUUGCUUUGCUACGCGAGGACCCACUUCGGAGGUCCAUCUCCAGUUCCUGCAUUAGGGGAUGCAGGAUCUCUGUUUCGCCUUCACCGCACUCUGCUCUGCAGGCUUCCUCUCCCGUUGAUGUCAGUCUUGGAAUCGGGGCCAGCAAAUUCGUCGUAGAUUUUAAUUGUGAUGUUAUACCAGAAUGCCAAUGAGACCUCAACAAUCCCUCAUUUUUUGUGUGUGUUUCUUCCACCACCUCAGCUGUCAGUCAGCGCCUAUUGUUACUUCCUGUUUUCCUGAUUCUGACUCAUUGGGGCCCACAUGCAGUGAAUAGUACAAUCGCAGCGUAAGAAGCUGGUUGGUAGCACGAGUAGCAUUACUGGAUCCUGGUGGAAGCUGGUGGAAGUAGCAGCUAUAUGAAGUCACGCAGAGGAUAUUUUAGAUUUGUACUUUUCCUUAUGGGGAUGUUUCUGUGCUUGGGAGACUGUUAAAUAUUUAUCUUAAUUGAAAAUUUUACAUGAUGAUCAACAGCUGUUAGCUGUCUAUAGUGCCUGUAAUUCAGGCCAGGUUUAAUGGCUGAAUUGCUCAAAGGGUUUGCCUUCUGUUUUGCCUCUAAAAUUUGCACUUUUGGUACCUUCAGGCCCACGUGGACACUUCGUUUUACCUCUAGAAUGAACUCUGGGGGGCAAAUGAUGAUAUGCCAGCCAGGGAUGAAAACUGUGGCUUGUUCCCAGACUCUCCCAUUCCAGACCUGAACAGGGAAGACGUUGAAAUGGGCCUUGUAGAUUAUGGAGGGCCUUAAAACUGGAGAAGUAGUGGAGCAGUGCCCCACCUGUGCCUGGAAGUAGAAAUUAAUUUCUGCUCCGUAUUGUUUUCCCAUUGUGAAAAAGAGAAUGGGAGUAAUUUUUAAUAGUUGAGAUGUCAGAGCCAGUUUCUUGUGUGACUGUGUGUCCUUACAUGUUUCCUGCUGCAUGCAAAUCGGUGACACCAGUGACCAUCCCUUCAUACUUCUGAUCCUUGUAGAAGAGCCCUGAUUAUCUCCCAUCUCCACAUUUUGGGUGGGCUGAAUUUAAUCAUUAUCAGAAGUAUGGGGCUUUAUAUCCUUUUGUCCCAUAGUGGGAUUCUGUGACAUGGCACCCUCGUACAGAUGCCCGUGUGGGAGUUCUGGUUCUGCCGUUGAACUGCUGCUCUGGCUCUCCCGGUGGGCGACUGCUUGGCACUGCUCCUCUGUGAACCUCAAAAUGCCAGUCAGGGUGCUUCAUCUGUUCUCACUGUGCUUUGUUUUUGGAAUUAUACUGAUGGGAAUGGGAACGCAAGGGUUCUCAGCUUGCUUUUGCUGCAGCUGUCCAGAACAGGCAGCCACUGGAAUGCCUAGAGGCAGGAUCUGGAGUCCACCAGGGUUGCCUUGAAAGAGCCUCCUCCAGCUCUGAGGGGCAGCAGCAGGGCUGCUGCUGAGAGUGCCCUCAGACCAUGCCUCCAAAGGAUGUGGCACCGGGCCAAAGGCGGCCUGCUUUCAAGCAGCAUUCUUCCAAGGCAGGGACCGAAUUACUUGCUUAAUUUUCAGUACAAUCAUGAAAAAGAUUCUACUAAGAGCACUUGAAAGAAAUCUCUUCUCAGGAAAGAGCGGAGGCAACCAAGGAUAUAAUUCAGUUCUAGGGCGUGGAGUAUAAUAUUUGCUAAAAUCUGGUUUGUGGGGGCUGUGCCUGUCUGAAAAAAAUCAGUUUGUUCCCCCCUUCCCCCCGUCCUCGUGCAGGUGUCAUAAUAGGGCCGGCAGCAGCUCUGAGCUUCAAGACUGGUCUUUGAGCCCCGGUCAAGCUGCCUGCAGCGCGACUCGAGCCUCUUAGGGGCCAGUCUUGGAACAGCAAGAAAGGAAUACUGCUUGGUUAGCCUCCUCGUAAUCCAAACCAAAUGGCAAUUUGCACACUUCUGUACUGGUGGCUGUUCUUGUGCCAUUAUCACAUGGUUUGUGUUCAUUCCUGUAACCUUUGAGUUUCAAAUUUCACUUUUUCUAGUGUUUUAAAUUAUGGAAAUAAAAAAAAUAAAAUAAAAGUGUG